AUAAAACAAAGAAGAAUGGAGGUUGGAAAUUGUUCAGCCACUGAGUUCUUUUUCUUGGGAAUAACCAAAAAUCCUGUGAUCAAGGUGAUUUUAUUUACUACUUUUCUAAUUGUUUAUCUCAUUAUUCUUAUUGAAAAUCUUGGAAUGAUCAUUUUGAUCAGGAUGGAUCAUCAGCUUCACAUCCCAAUGUACUUUUUCCUCAGCCACCUCUCUUUCUCUGAUGUCUGCUAUUCCACUGCAGUUGGACCAAAGAUGUUAUUGGACCUGCUUCCCAAGAGCAGCAAUUCAAUUACUUUUCUUGGUUGUGUUCUUCAGUUCUUCAUCUUCUGUAUCUUUACAGAUGUGGAGUGUGUGCUGCUGGCAAUGAUGGCAUUUGAUCGGUACAAGGCAAUCAGCAACCCCUUGCUAUAUGCAAUAGAUAUGUCCAGCAAGGUGUGUUACCAACUUCUGGCUGUAGUUUACAUAGUUGCUAUUGUAGAUGCUGUGAUACACACAACAUUGACGUUUCGCUUAUGUUUCUGUGGGUCCAAUGAAAUCAACCAUUUUUUCUGUGAUUUACCUCCACUUUACAUGCUCUCCUGCUCUGACAUACAAGUCAAUGAACUGGCCUUAUUUACUGUUUUUGGUUUCAUUGAACUGAGCAUCAUCUCAGGAGUGCUUGUGUCUUACUGCUAUAUCAUUUUAUCAGUCCUAAAAAUUCAUUCUGCUGAGGGGAGGUUCAAAGCUUUUUCUACUUGUACUUCUCAUUUAACUGCAGUUGCAAUUUUCCAGGGAACUAUGCUUUUCAUGUAUUUUCGACCAAGUUCUUCUUAUUCUCUAGAUCAAGACAAAAUGACCUCACUGUUUUACACCUUGGUGAUCCCCACAUUGAACCCUCUAAUUUAUAGCUUGAGAAACAAGGAUGUGAAAGAGGCACUGCAAAAACUGAAAACCAAAACUAGGUUGUAA